AUGGUUAGCAGGAGCUUCCUUCUCUCUCUUCUUCUGUGCAGUUAUUUUUCAUUAAGUUUAGGAGAUGAUGUAACAGUUACAGUAAAAGGUGUGACCACCAUUGCUAAGACAGAUGAUACUUUUGUGUGUGCCACCCUUGAUUGGUGGCCCCCUAGCAAGUGCAAUUACAAUAUGUGCCCUUGGGAGCAAGCUGGUCUUCUUAAUCUGAAUUUGAGUAACCCAAUUCUUCCAAAGGCUAUCAAAGCUUUCAACUCAUUGAGACUCAGGCUGGGAGGUUCAUUGCAAGACCAGAUGCUGUACAAUGUGAAUGGCACAGUUCGCAAAUGCCAUUACUUCAAAAAGAAGGAAAGUGGCUUGUUUGGAUUUUCCAAUGGUUGCCUUAACAUGGAUAGAUGGGAUGCACUCUAUGAAUUAUUUUCCAGCCAAGGAGCUGUGCUAACAUUUGGAUUGAAUGCACUCAUUGGGAGAAAGAAGGCAAAUCAAGAUCCAAAAGAUACUCUUUACAUAGGCAAUUGGAACCCAUCAAACACUCGUGCUUUCAUGCAGUACAUCCUCUCAAAGGGGCAAAAGAUCGAUUCAUGGGAAUUCGGAAAUGAACUCUGUGGAGGCGGAAUUGCUGCAAAGGUAGAACCUAAACAAUAUGGAGAGGACAUGAUCAUACUUAGAAAACUUGUUGACGAGCUAUAUCAGAAUUCCGGGAAAAAACCACAGAUUAUGGCCCCUGGAGGUUUCUUUGAGAAAAAGUGGUUUGAUGACUUCCUUCUGGCCUCAGGGCCCAAUGUCGUCGAUGUAGUGAGCCAUCAUAUCUACAACCUUGGUGCAGGUGUUGAUCCGACUCUAUUUGACAAGAUGCAAGAUCCAUAUCAUCUCGAUGAGAUAGUUCAGACAUACAAUGACCUUGAGGUCACGCUUAAGGAGUUCAGCCCAUGGUCGUCGGCUUGGGUUUCAGAAUCUGGUGGUGCAUACAACAGCGGAGGCAAACUCAUAUCGCAUGCCUUCAUUAAUAGCUUCUGGUUCUUGGAUCAGCUUGGUAUGACAUCGACAUAUAACCACAAAGUUUUCUGCCGGCAGACAUUGAUUGGCGGAAACUAUGGUCUCCUCAACACCACAACAAUGGUACCCAACCCUGACUAUUAUAGCGCUCUUCUUUUCCACCGGUUAAUGGGGAGGGGUGUUCUUGCUACCAAUCACAAUGGCUCACCGUACUUACGUGCAUAUACUCAUUGCCGUAGAAAUGGGGCUGCUGGAGUUACUCUGCUUCUGAUUAAUCUAUCCAACUCAACAUCCUUCAAUGUUUCGCUGGCCAACGACCUGAACUUGUACCCACCAUUGGAAGCUUCAGCGCAAGCUGUAGCAGGUGCGCAAAGAGAUGAGUAUCAUUUGACUGCCAAAGAUGGUGAUCUAAAGAGCACCACCAUGCUGCUCAAUGGGUCACCGUUGGAGCUUACAGAAAAUGGUGACAUCCCUGAUUUGAAACCAACCCAAGUCGACAGUUCGAAACCUGUGAGUGUUGCUCAGUCGUCGAUUGUCUUUGCUGUCUUCAAGGACUUCAAGGCUCCAGCCUGCUGAGGGACCAUUGCAAAUCUGAAAUUUGUGGUUGUACCUGAGUAUCAUCAUUGUAUCUGCUCUUUGCAAUUGAAUACACAUAAAAAGAG